GGCGUCACUUUCCUCGCGCGCUUUUUUAUUUUAUUUUUCUCCCGCCAAAAUUCUCCGCGACGCAGUCUCCUCCCUCCCAACUUGGGCGAGAGUUGAGCCGUCAUGAUGAUCGCGGAGGCCUACGACUCGUCAGAGCUGCCCGAUCUCCUCGCUGUCUACUACCGCCGCCUCUUCCCCUACGGCCCCUACUACCGCUGGCUCAACUACGGCGGGGUGGAGAAAAACUACUUUGUGAACCGAGAGUUCAGCUUCACGCUGAAGGAUGACAUCUACGUGCGCUACCAGUCCUUCCAGAACCAGGCUGACAUGGAGAAGGAGAUCCAGAAGUGCGUCCCGUACAAGAUCGACAUCGGCGCGGUCUUCUCGCACAAGCCCAACCAGCACAACUCUGUGAAGAUGGGCUCGUUCCAGGCACUGGAGAAGGAGCUGGUGUUAGAUAUUGACAUGACGGACUAUGAUGACGUGCGCUCCUGCUGCAGUUCUGCAGACAUCUGUCCAAAUUGUUGGCCGCUGAUGACAAUUGCUAUUAAAGUAAUCGACAGAGCACUGUCAGAGGACUUUGGGUUUGACCACCGGCUCUGGGUGUAUUCUGGCCGGCGCGGCGUUCACUGCUGGGUCUGCGACAUUGCAGCGCGCAAACUCUCACAGCCAGCGCGCUCUGCUAUCGCCGAGUACCUCACCCUUGUCAAGGGUGGAGAAGGGAUGAUCAAGAAAGUGAACCUCGGGGAGAAUAACAGUUUACACCCAUCCAUUAGCGCUGCAGUUCAAGUGGUGGAGAGGUACUUUGAAGAAUACGCCCUUACAAAGCAGGACAUCCUGGGUACGGAGAAGGCUUGGGAGAAAGUGUUGGCGUUGCUGCCAGACAGUAUACGGGAAGAGCUGAGGAAAGAUCUGCUCAUCCAGCCAAACUCGGUCAUACGCUGGGAGGUCAUAAAACAGAAAUUCAGUAAAGGUGGGGGCAACAUAACGGCAAGGCACUACGUGUCGGAGGUGAUGCUACAAUUUUGCUACCCCCGCCUUGAUGUCAACGUCAGCAAAGGCAUCAACCAUCUGCUCAAGAGCCCUUUCAGCAUCCACCCCAAGACCGGCCGGGUUUGCGUGCCCAUCGACGUGGCCAGGGUGGAUGAGUUCGACCCCUUCACGGUGCCCACCAUUAGCCAGAUUUGCCGGGAGCUCGACCGAGCAGUGGAGCCGGUGACCUCCCCAGGGCAGAGCAAGCUGGAUGUAGAGAGGGCCAAGGAUGGCGGCGCGGGGGAGCUGGCAGCCAAGCGGCGCAGGGACUACAAGCGAACGAGCAUGGCGGCGAGCGUGCGCGUGUUUGAGCGAUUUGUGGACAAGCUGGAGGCUUCUUGGAAGGGAGAGCUGCUCAAGAAAAGCGAUCUGAAGAAGGAAUUCUAAACAUCCCAGACCUCAGAGGCUCAGCCGAGGGGAAGAGUGCACGGAUUGCUAUGUUGCUCUGCAACCCAAGGGCUUUCUGAUUAGCACCUCAAAAACGGCGUCUGCUAUCGAUGUGUUAAGUUGUGGCAGCAAGACAAAGAAUUGUUUUACAGCUCUGUUUAACCUUCCGGUAAACCUUAAACAUGUGGUAGCUUGUUCUAAAGGCAUUGUAACUCUUUCUGGGUACUGACCCAUAUGCUUUGUAUCGUACAGGUUUAGUUUUUAAUAAUAAGUGAUGUGUGAAUUAUUCCACUGCAGUGGACCAUCUGUAUAUAUUCCAUUAUUUCUGUUUCUUUGAAUCCCAUUUUUAGGAUUAUGUCAAUAAAGUAUAUUUCUUACUGUUCAUUAGCUAACUUUUGGAAUGUUUUAUGUUAGUCCUGCCUUGAAUGAAUGCAAUAGAUUGUCUUCAAAGUGGAUGAACCUAAUAACAUUUGACGGUUGUUGCACUUUAGUUUCCGAUUUUUUUUAUCGAUUGCCCCUUUUCAGUUGCAUGUCUAAUCUCAAACAUGAAUAUAUACUUCAUAAGGCAUCAAUUUAUUGAUUGAAAUGUACAUUUACAUUCACGAUACUUGUAUCGAAUUGUGCAUAUUAUAUGUACUUCGUGAAAUUUCUACGCUAAUGUGACAUUUAGAAAAAUGGGUGAGCGAAACUGCUCAAAUUGGUUUGAAACAAUUCAAACUAGAUGCAAAAAAAUUAGUCAGAAUAUAAAUUAAAUCAAAUUGCAACCUCAUCAAAGUGACUCAAAGUACUGUGGGGAGGAUUAAUCUUUACAUCCCUAUUCGAUAUUCCUUCAUGUAUCAGCUGUUUUGGCCAGGUUACCAUUAAAAAAAAGUAGCUUAGGUCAGUGAGUCUUACGUGAAAUAAACUGACCGGCUGAUUUUAACAGCAACAUCAAGUAACGGAUUUUGCUGCUUAAAUUUGGUCUGCACUUUUCUGAG